GUUAUUUUGUUCUGAAUCUUUGUCUGCCUUUGUAGUGUUUGCAUAGUUCAAUCUUCAACUCCACAGUAACAAGGAGUGGUUGUGGUAUUUGUAUUGUAUUGUAUUUGAUUUGGAGAUUUGACUUUCCCAUUUACAAACCAAAACCCUCCUAGUCUCCAAAGAAACAAACAAACAAAACAAUAGCUAUCUUCCAACCCAAGUUGUCAAAUGUUCCUCUUUUCUCCAAUUCUCCAAUGGGCAACCACCAAGGUGUCAUCAUUUCUUCUCUCCUGCUUUAAUGGUUGUGCCGUUGAGGAGAUGGGCCCUAAACUCCACUGAAGUUUGAUGGUAAGAACCAAAGGGGUCUCUUUUCCUCUUUCAGUGCUUCCCCUUUGCCCCCAAUUUCGCGCUGUCUCGCAUUUAGGUUUUCCCCUCUUUAAACUCACCAGAUAAGAUUUAGGGCAUUUGAUUUGACUAGAUUCUUGGCAAUUUUCGAUGUGGAGCUUCUCGUAUUCCACAUGGCUCUCCUUGAUCAUCUUUUGUGAUUGAUUUGGUUCCGCCACACUUGACUCGUUGUUGUGAGAGAACGUGCUUCAAAUUUCGCUCUGAAGUUUCAAUUUUCUUGCAAGUUAAAUUGAACUGGGAGGGAAGUAGAAGGGGAUUAUGGGACUGGAUUCUCUCGAAUUUCGUGUACGGUAUGGAGUUUGAGGGACAAAGACUCGAUUUUCAGUGGUGUUGGUUGUGGAGUUAUUUUUGUCGGAAGAGGUGAAUUUGAAGCCCAGUAAGAUGGACAGAGUUAUUCAGCCUCCUUUGGUCGAUACAACUGCAUGUCUAUGCAGAGUAGAUACGGGCCUGAAAACUGUUGCUGGAGCAAAAAGGUAUGUCCCUGGAACAAAGCUCUGUCUUCGGCCUGAUAUUAAACCAUCUAUUCACCCAACUAGAAACAAGCCAGCACGUGGUGACAGAAGCCGCAAUCAAUCCCCGCUACUUCCAGGACUCCCUGAUGAUCUAGCUAUUGCUUGCCUAAUUCGUGUCCCCCGUGUUGAGCAUCGCAAACUUCGGCAAGUCUGCAAAAGAUGGUAUCGUCUUUUGGUUGGUAACUUCUUUUAUUCUCUCCGCAAGAGUCUUGGAAUUGCAGAAGAGUGGAUAUAUGUUAUUAAGAGGGACAGAGACGGGAAAAUCUCAUGGCAUGCCUUUGAUCCUGUGUACCAACUGUGGCAGCCCCUGCCACCUGUUCCAAGGGAAUAUUCAGGAGCUCUUGGUUUUGGCUGUGCUGUUCUCAAUGGCUGUCACCUGUACUUGUUUGGUGGAAAGGACCCACUAAAGGGAUCCAUGAGACGCGUCAUAUUUUACAGUGCUAGGACAAAUAAAUGGCACCGUGCCCCGGAUAUGCUUCGAAGGCGGCAUUUUUUUGGUUCCUGUGUCAUAAACAAUUGCCUCUACGUGGCUGGUGGGGAGAAUGAGGGUGUGCACCGAUCCUUGAGAUCAGCUGAAGUGUAUGAUCCCAACAAGAAUAGAUGGUCGUUUAUUUCAGAUAUGAGCACUGCAAUGGUGCCUUUCAUAGGAGUUGUCUACGAUGGGAAGUGGUUCCUCAAGGGACUUGGUCCUCACCAGCAGGUUCUGAGUGAGGUCUACCAGCCAGAGAAUGAUAGCUGGUACCCGAUUUAUGAUGGAAUGGUUUCUGGCUGGAGGAACCCUAGCACUACCCUAAAUGGAAAGCUCUAUGCCUUGGACUGCAAGGAUGGCUGCAAAGUUAGGGUUUAUGAUGAGGUCACUGAUUCAUGGAGCAAGCAUAUUGACAGUAAAAUGCAUUUGGGGAGCUCUCGGGCUUUGGAAGCUGCGGCUCUUGUCCCCCUGAAUGGGAAACUCUGUAUCAUAAGAAAUAAUAUGAGCAUUUCUCUGGUUGAUGUUUCAAAACUUGAAGAUUUGAAAGGAUCUUCCGCCGAACAGUUAUGGGAAACUAUUGCUGGGAAAGGCCAGUUCAAGACAUUGGUAACAAAUCUGUGGUCUAGCCUUGCUGGGAGAAACCGACUCAAAAGUCACAUAGUUCACUGUCAGGUUCUUCAAGCUUAAAAGGCUGUAUAGUUCUAAACAAUCACAAUGCGCUUUGGUAACCGGUUAAAGUAUCUCAUCUUGUGGGUAUAUGUUCGUGAGAAGCUGGGUCAAAUCUUGGCAGAACACCAUGGUGCUGUCUAUUAUUUUGUUUCAUCUCAAACCCCUGACAUCAUGCUCAUCACAAGAGGUGAAACAUUGAUGAGAUGUUUCACUAAUCAUAUAGAGUUACAGAUAUUGAUACACAGCUGCUGCAUUUUGAAAAAUUUGAGUAGGUUGCUUACCAGAUAACAUGGUUUAUCAUUAGCUUGUCUUCUGUGUUGCUGCAACCAAUGUAUGACUUGCGUGUUGGAGGGAGAGAUGAAUAAUGCAUAGAGUCAGUUUGGUAUUCUUAUGAAACUGAGGGUGAAAAAUUCAAGAAUUAGUUUUUAAAUAUAAUUUCAUAUAAAAAUACAUCUAUGAAUUUUUCACCCUCAUUUUCUGUAGGGACACCCAUCUGACCAAAAACUCUUUGCAUAACGUGUUUAUUAUAUAUGAGCACAAGUGGAGUCAAGGCUGAAAAGAAUUUAGGGUUGCCUCUAAGUUUUGUACUGUGAUGAAACACUACUAGCCUUUUUGAAUUAAAGUUUGCUCCCCUCAAACCCUGCAUGGAGAGUGCAAACGUUUACGAUUGUCUUGUUUGGCAAAGUAUUGUUAGACAGUGUUUGAACAUGGUUUUUAGUUUAGAACUAUAGUUUGUGGGGGAAGACCUAACCAUGUCUUAAAAUGCAAUCUGAACAUAAAAUAUGCUGUAUAUUUUCAAAGUC